GUGGUUCGACCUCUGCAGUCGGUAAGUGUGAUGGCAGAUUGAAUGAGAACGCUAACUAUAAUAAAUCCCUUUUCAUCCUUCAUCUAAACUUCACAUUGCAGCACACAAAGAGACCCGGACUUCAACCAGAUCUGACCGACCCGGUUAAAACUACCUAAAGUAGAAAAUGUACGCCUGUGCAAAAUUCGUCUCCACGCCGGCGCUGGUCCGUGCUGGUUCCCGGGCUCUUUACAGACCCCUCUCUGCCUCUGUGCUGUCCAGGCCAGAGAACAAAUCAGAGAGCAGUGUCGCUGUGAUGCCACAGAGCCCCCUCACCCAGGUGACACUCAGGGGCUUCCAGACCAGUGCCAUCAGCCGGGACAUCGACACCGCUGCCAAGUUCAUCGGAGCUGGAGCUGCCACAGUCGGAGUAGCUGGAUCCGGUGCUGGAAUUGGGACUGUGUUCGGCAGUCUCAUCAUUGGCUAUGCUAGGAACCCAUCUCUGAAGCAGCAGCUGUUCUCAUAUGCCAUCCUGGGAUUUGCCCUGUCUGAAGCUAUGGGACUGUUCUGUUUGAUGGUUGCUUUCCUUAUCCUGUUUGCUAUGUAAAAAUCUGCUGUCGUACGACACUUUCAUUACAGAUGUGACUACAUAUUUUAUUGUGGCUACCAAAAUUGUUCCGUGUUGGUGUCAUGGAAAUGUACAUUUUCAAGUCUUUCAGACACUGUCGAAAUAAGCAAAACAUGUAUUGUACAAAUGUAAGAAAUUACGUGAUUAAAAUACAUGUUUUUGAAUAUUUAACAA